UGAUUAUUAUAAAUAUUUAAAUUUUCUUCAUCCAUUUACAUUAAUUAAAAUGUAACAUUAUGUGUAUUAUAUAAAAAAGUGUAUUAUAAUAUAUGUAAAAUAAUUAUAUCUCAGCAAAGAAUUAAAAUAUGACAGUUUCAAUGGAGCACAAACGAAAAACUUCAUGGGAUUCAAAGAUUUCUGUUAGCACAGUUAGUACUAGAAGAUUCAGUCGAACAGGAACACCGUCAUCCAUUUUAUCAUCAGAUAGUGAUAUACGUUUCACAAGAAAGUUUGGUGGCCAAUAUAGAUGUGGAUGUUGUGUACUAGCAGCUUUUCUACUCUUUCUCCUAUUUUCUGGAGUCUCUAUUUAUCUCGGUUAUACACUUUUGAUAUCUGAUCCUCCUGGUGAUCAAGUUUUUCUUGCAACGUUUCGAGUAACUGAUGGAGAUUCUUUCACCAUUGAUUUAGCAGAUCCAUCAACUGAAGCUUUUAGAAUACGAGCACGAGAAUAUCGUGACAGACUUAAUCUUGCUUUUCGUCGUAGUAAUCUUAGAAUUUCUUUUAUCUCUUCAGAGAUUCUUGCACUCGAUGGUGUGGAAAAUAAUGAUUUGGUGGUUCACUUUGAAUUACGAUUCGAUCCUCGGUAUCAAACAGUCACUGUAGAUAAUGUUAUUAAUGUAUUAUCUAAGGAAAUAGCACCAAAAACGGCCAAGUAUUUGUUAAAUUUAACUAUUGAUCCAAAAAGUCUUGAGGUACAAGAAAACAUAGCGGUUUUAAAUUCACAAGUAUCAAUGCCAACAAUUCUUUCAACAAUUUCAUCUACGACAAUUGCUACUCCACCUCUUCCUCCAAGAAUUUGUAGCGAAUUGAAACUUUCUUAUUGUAAACAUUUAACCUAUAAUAUAACUUCAUAUCCUAAUAUCUUUGGUCAUCAUUCAAUUGAAGAAGUAGAAAAUGAUGUGAUAGCUUUCAGGGAACUUGUUGAUGCAGAAUGUUAUCAGUUUGCUUACGAUUUUAUAUGCCAAGUAUUACAACCAACAUGUUUACCUGGUAUAUCUGAUGUAACAAUAAAACUUCCUUGUCGUAGUUUUUGUAAAGAAUUUUGGUUAGGAUGUGGCAAUCGACUUUCAGAUAGAAUUAAAAGUGCACUUGAUUGUUCGCACUUCCCUGAAUAUGCUGAUUAUGGAAGUUGCUGGGCCGAACCAGGUUGUGUUCAAGAUUUACAAAAUAAAGCUUUAUCAUCUAGAAUUUGUGAUGGUAUUAUUGAUUGUCCUGAUUUAUCUGAUGAGAAUAAUUGCGCUUAUUGCUCUAAUGGUCUUAUGCACUGUGGUUUAGGGAAAGCUUGUAUUCCAAGUACAAAAAGAUGUGAUGGAAAAAUCGAUUGUCCGAAUGGAAAUGAUGAAAAAGAUUGUUUGUUUUUAGCAACAAGUACAAAUUUUGUACAAAAUCAGCCAAUCGAUACUCCACUUUCUGCCAAGUAUAUACCUGAAGGAUAUGUGUUAUUUAAUGAAAAAGGGACUGUUGGAAAGCUUUGUGUAGAAAAUCUCAAUGUUACUUUACCACUUACAGAAAUGAAUACUGUACUUCAAACAGCAGCAGCUUCUUUAUGUACUCUUUUAACAUACAAUGGAAUGAGUUCUGUUGAAAUUAGAACUGAUAACGAAGCCAACGUUCAAUAUGUUCAUAUGGAAGAUCCUUUAGCAUCUAAAAUAUCUUUCGUCCGUGCUCCAUGUCCUAACAAACAAGUGAUGUAUGUUCGAUGUGGAGAAUUAGAGUGUGGAAUUCAAGCUUUAAAAAUAAAAAGCAAUACAAAAGUGUUGAAUAAAAUGGCAGAGCCUGGUGAUUGGCCAUGGCAUGUAGCUCUUUUCAAAGAAGAUACUCAUGUAUGCGAUGCAACAUUAGUAUCGUCUAGCUGGCUUCUUACAACAGCAUCUUGUUUCCAAGGACAACCGAAAGCAGAAUGGACAGCUCGGUUGGGAACUGUAAGAUUGUCUAGUACAGCACCAUGGCAACAAGAAAGAAGAAUCAUUGGUAUGAUUAAAUCUCCAGUAGAAGGAAGUACAAUGGUUCUUUUAAAAUUAGAUCAACCAACGAUUACCUAUUCAGACUUUGUGAGACCAAUCUGUUUACCAUCUCGUGAAGAAAUUAUACAAAUCAAUUCUUCAUAUUGUAAUACUCUUGGAUGGACAAGAAAUCGUGAUCUUUUACAGCGUGUUCAAUUAAAGUACAGUGUAAUGGAUAAAUGUGAAAACAUCAGUAUAACUUCAAUCAAUAGCAUUUGUACAGAGGCAGUUUAUUCAACUGAUGAUUGCAGCGAAGAAGAACUCGCAGGAAGUCCUAUGUUGUGUCUUUUGUCAGAUAAAAAAAAAUGGGCUUUAACAGGCGUUAGUAGUUGGAGAAUUGCAUGCUCUAGGAAUGCAAUUGAAAGGCCACGUCUUUAUGACAAAGUUUCUUCGAAUAUUGCUUGGAUUAAGUCAAUAAUCGCAAAAUAAUAAAUUUUGAUGAUUGUUUUAGUCAAUUAUCGAAUUUAAAAUAAUUAUUAUAAUAAUAAUGAUAAGUCUGACUUGAAAUAAAGACAUAAUCAAGUGAUAGAAUCACUAUGUAAAUAUCCAAUUUAAUGUAAAAUAAAUACUAAAAAUUUUAUUUAUGGAUUUAAA